AUGGCAGCUCAUGGGGCCAACCAAACUCACAAGGGAUACCCAGUAACUGUGAAAUACACACAACUCUUCAUCAAUGGGGAAUUUGUGGAUGCAAUUUCAGGAAAGACAUUUGAAACUUAUGAUCCACGAACUGGAGAUGUGAUAGCAAGAGUAGCAGAGGCCGGAAAAGAAGAUGUGGAUUUGGCUGUCAAAGCUGCUCGGAAUGCUUUUGACAAUGGCCCCUGGCCUCGCAUGAGUGGUUAUGAAAGAGGCAGAAUAAUGAGUAAGUAUGCAGAUUUGGUAGAGCAAAAUAUGGAGGAGCUUGCAGCUCUAGAAACCUUAAAUAAUGGAAAACCAGUGGCAAUAGCUCGCCUAGUGGACCUACCUACAUGUUCCAAGGUUCUCAGAUACUAUUCUGGAGCGGCAGAUAAGAUUCAUGGGCAGACCUUAAAAAUGGCAGGGCCAUAUCAGGGAUAUACAUUGCAUGAGCCCAUUGGAGUAGUGGGCCUGAUUGUUCCUUGGAACUUUCCAUUGGUAAUGUUUUUCAAUAAAAUUAGUCCUGCUUUAGCUUCUGGGUGCACCUUGGUUUUAAAGACUGCUGAACAAACUCCUUUAACUGCACUUUAUUGUGCAAAUCUGGCCAGAGAGGCAGGAAUCCCACCGGGUGUUCUUAAUGUUCUCUCUGGAUUUGGAGAUCCUGCGGGCGCUGCAAUAAGCCAUCAUAUGGAUAUAGACAAGGUUUCAUUUACAGGGUCUACUGAAACAGGACGUAAAAUUAUGGAAGCAGCUGCUAAAAGUAACCUAAAGCGUGUUACACUUGAACUCGGUGGAAAGUCUCCUCUGAUUAUUAUGAACGAUGCUGAUGUUGAAGAGGCUGUUAAUCUUGCACACCAGGCUAUAUAUUUCAACAUGGGACAAGCAUGCAUUGCGGCAUCCAGGAUUUAUGUUCAAGAAGGCAUUUAUGAUGAAUUUGUGAAAAAGGUUGUGGAACGAGCUAAGAAGCAGGUGAUUGGUGACCCUUUUACAGAUGGAGUUCACCAGGGUCCCCAGAUUAACAAAACCCAGUUUGAUAGAAUAUUGCAAUACAUCGAGUAUGGAAAGCAAGAGGGAGCCACACUACUUACUGGAGGAAAUCGGAUAGGUGACAAGGGUUUUUACAUUGAACCUACCAUCUUCUCUCAUGUCAAGGAGGAUAUGAAGAUUGGAAAAGAGGAAAUAUUUGGUCCAGUUAUGUCUAUCUUUACGUUCAAAAGUAUUGAAGAAGCUAUAGAGCUGGGGAACAAGACGACGUAUGGUUUAGCAGGUGGAAUUGUUACAAAGAACAUCGAUGUUGCUAACAGGCUCUCAAGAUCUAUUCGUGCUGGUAUAGUUUGGAUAAAUUGUUAUGCUGUCUUUGACGGUGACGCUCCCUUUGGAGGGUAUAAGAUGAGUGGCAUUGGGAGAGAGAAUGGGUUAUAUGACCUCUCCAAUUACUUGCAAGUCAAGUGUGUCAUCACUCCUCUCCAUCACUCUCCUUGGCUCUAA